AUGAGAUUAUUGAUUAGUUGCGUGGAUAACGGAUCCAUAAAGGAAAUUUUGUGUAACGUUGGGACUGACACUUCCUUACAAACAGCUCUACAACCAUUUCAUGUGGCACCUCAUCUAGCUGAAGGACUAAAAAAUCACAUUAACAAGUUAUGGAUGAUAUCUGAGAAUGAAGUCAUCUUGGCAAGGAACUCAGGCGUUGUCGAGCUUGUGAAAAUUUCAAAACAUGCCAGGGGAGAUGAAGCUCUACAGACCGAUACACAAGGAGAAAUUAAAGAUGAGAAGGAUCUUUCCAAUGUUCUUCCCAAAUUUGAUAUAUCCAAGUUUGAAAUUGUCAGCUCAGUAUCAAAUCUUUUGAAUGAUGCUAAGCUCGAAUUACUUUCAAAAAAAUCUGUCAAGAGAACCAAACUGGUAGAUGAAUUUGUCACAUUAUGCCCUACAAAGAAGGAUCCGCUGAAUAGCACUUUCGUAGCUGCUACUAAGUCUGGGUUGCUCCAUGUUAUAGAGAAAGGAAGAGACGGGAAGCUAAAGAAGCUGACAUCUCUUGAAGUCAAAGCGCCACUAGAAUUUCUUCAGCUAUACGAUCUAGAGGACGCCCAUGACAAUAGAAUUUUAUUUGCAUAUGGUGGAGAAGAAAACCUAGUAAAAUUAGUCGAAAUGAAGUCGGACUUCAAAUCUAUGAAGCAAAUAUGGGAAGCUAAGAAUGUCAAGAACGACAGAUUGGAUAUGAGAGUCCCGGUGUGGCCAAUGGCUUUAAAAUUUCUGGAACCUUCUCCAGGUGUAACUGAUAAAGAUAAACUGAACUACCAAUUUUCCACUAUAACACGUUGGUCCCAUCUCAUUAAGUACAGCACACAGCAUGGAAGAAAGCCGUUUGCUCAGAUAGAUCUAUUACCAAAUCGUGAACCAUUAUCCCAAAUGGAAAUAUUUGAUACAGAUGGAAAAAGCAUUACAUCUCCCCUGGGAAAUUUACAAUCUAAAACUUUUGAUGACUUGAAUGUAAUUACUGCUGACUACAAAAGAAAUGUAUUUAAGUUUGACGGCAAUGGAAAGAUGUUGGGUAAGAUAGGCAGAGGUGAUAUUACUGGUACAUCAACUUAUAAUCAUGUUCACAAUGGCAAAUAUCUCUUGCAAGGAGGUCUAGACAGGUAUGUCCGUGUCUUCGAUAUAAAAACCAACAAAAUGUUGGUCAAGGCCUACGUUUCGUCGCGCAUAAAUUGUAUCAUCAUGUUGGAUGAUGUUGAUAUUGAAAUGCCAUUAAGUCCAAGCGCUAAAGCCGCCAAAGAGAAGCAAAAGAGAAAGAUUGCAGAAGUUGAAGACGACGCAGACGAUCUUUGGAACAAAUUAAAAGAGAAGGCAGGCACAUCUAAAGAUAACAAGAAAAGCAAAAAUUAA